AUGGAAUUGUUCUUUGACCAGUGUAAGUAUGUUGUGUGGAUAUCUUAUAGUGGCUUGGGCAACAGGGUUUUAACCCUAACAUUUGCAUUUCUCUAUGCCCUCCUCACAAAUAGAGUAUUGCUUGUUGACCAAGGAAUGAAUAUGGCUAAUCUUUUUUGUGAGCCAUUCCCAGAAAAACCAUGGCUUUUGCCUGUUGACUUCCCCCUCAAAGAGACAUUUAAAAUCCUUGGUCAAAAGUUUCCUCAUUCUUAUGGGAACAUGUUGAAGAAGAACAUCUUAAAUACUUCAACAGUAUCACUACCAUCAUAUUUAUAUCUCCAUCUAGCACAUGAUUACGAUGAUCAUGAUAAGCUCUUUUUAUGUGAUCAAGAUAAAACUCUUCUCAGUAGAGUUCCUUGGAUGAUAAUGAAAUCAGAUAACUACUUUGUCUCAUCUCUCUUCUUGAUGCCCUCUUUUGAGCAAGAAUUAAGCAAAUUAUUCCCACAAAAAGAUACUGUUUCCCUCCACUUAGGCUGGUACCUUUUCCACCCCUCAAAUCAUGUAUGGGGCCUAAUAACAAGGUACUAUGAAGCCUACUUAGCUAAAGCAGAUGAGAGGAUUGGAAUUCAAAUAAGAAAUUUUGAUACAGGACCUGGUCCUUUCCAAUAUGUGAUGGAUCAAGUUUUAGCUUGUACACUAAAGUAUAAAGUGUUGCCACAAGUAGAUAGGAAGAGAACUAUCUUUACCCAAUUAGAAAAGGCAAACUUGAAAGCUAUCCUUAUAACAUAUUUGAGUUCUAGGUACUUUGAUAAUGUAAGAAACAUGUACUGGGAACACCCAACAAUGAAUGGAGAUGUGGUUGAGGUUUUCCAACCAAGCCAAGAACAAUUUCAACAUACAAAGAACAGGUUGCACAACAGCAAGGCAUGGGCAGAAAUGUAUCUCCUCAGCUUAACUGAUGUCUUGGUUACAAGUGCAUGGUCAACAUUUGGUUAUGUAGCUCAAGGUCUUGGAGGUUUGAAGCCAUGGAUUCUCUACAAGUCUGAUAAUCAGAAGACCCCUAAUCCACCUUGUAGACAGGCCAUGUCAAUGGAGCCUUAUUUUCAUGCUCCCCCAUUUUAUGAUUGCAAGACAGAGAAAGGAAUUGAUAAUGGUGCACUUGUUCCCCAUGUGAGACAUUGUGAAGAUAUGAGCUGGGGCUUAAAAUUGGUUAAUAAUCAUGAUGAGUUGUAG